GGUCCUUGCGGCGCUGAGUGCCGGUGUGGGCGGCCCGCCCGGGGUUGGAGGAUGGAUGCGGUGCUGCUGGCUGCAGCUGCGGUGCUCCUCGCCGUCCUCCUCUUCUUCGCCACCCGCCUCCGAGGCCAAGCGAGGGCAGCUGACGAGGAGCACCAGCAAAAUGUGGCAGCAGCAGCAGUGGCCAGGCCUUGGCCCCAUGCUGAGGAGCAGGGGGAAGGGAUGCCACGGCGCAGGAGGAACAUGGGCAGCAGGAUGAUGGCCCAGAGGAGAGCUCAGCAGGCAGAAGACAGGCUGGAAGAGGAAGAUGAUGCUGAGGAGGUGCCAGAAUUUCAGGUGUCUGGCAAAAUUGGUGCAAAGAAGCAGAGGAAAUUAGAAGAGAAACAAGCCAGAAAAGCACAGAGAGAGGCUGAAGAAGCAGAGCGAGAAGAAAGGAGAAAGCUUGAGUCAAAAAGAGAGGAGGAAAGGAGGAAAGAAGAGGAGAGAAUCCGUCUGGAGGAGGAGCGGCAGGAAGAGGAAAAAAGGAAGGCAAAAGAAGAAGAGGAGAAGAGAGAGUAUGAAGAGUACCUGAAGCUGAAGGAGAGUUUUGUAGUUGAAGAGGAAGGGGUUGAAGAAUCAAUGACAGAGGAAGAGUCUCGCAGCUUUCUGAUGGACUUCCUUGCCUACGUGAAGAAAACAAAGGUCAUCCAGCUGGAGGACUUGGCUUCUCAUUUGGGGUUAAGAACACAGGAUGCAAUUAACAGAAUCCAGGACCUGAUGGCAGAUGGCACUCUAACAGGUGUGAUUGAUGACAGAGGGAAGUUCAUCUACAUCACUCCAGAGGAGAUGGCUGCCGUGGCUCAGUACAUCAAACGGAGAGGACGAGUCUCCAUUGCAGAGCUAGCCCAAGCAAGCAAUUCCCUCAUCAACCUCCAGCCUGACAGCCAAGCUGUUGCUCCAACUGUGGCCUGAAAUGGUGACAUGAGAGAAAAAUACAGCAGGUGUUAAUGAAUGAACCCCAUCAUUAAACCCAAACAAGAACCGCUCCAGGCCACGUGCAGUGCUUGAAUAUAGGAUGCUGCUCUUAAGCAUCAGCUGCAAGACUUGCUCAAAAGUUUCUCUUUUCAUUCUGCUCUUUUGAUACCAGCUCUAAGCUGGUAUCAAAUUGGUCAGGCCUUGGUUCUAGUCAAGAACUUGGGACUAAAACACUGAUGCGCCUGUACCCUGGGGAAUUUAGGUGCUUACUUUACGUUGGCAGUCAGUUUCGUGUGACCACACCCAGAGUUUUUAUUGUUUCCAGAUUCUGGUGUCUGUAUCAAAUAUAGUUGGCUUUGAUCGUCUCUGGGCUUCUCCAAGCUUGCUCUGCAUUGUCAGAGCUGUGUAACUUUGUGGCAAUGCCACAUACAACUUAGGGUGAUAAAUGUGUGUGCAGGGGGAGGCUUGCAGAUCAUGUCCUCUGCAAACAUGGGAAGGCUGGAUUGAAGAAGCCAAUGCUGCAAGUGAGCCUGUUCUGUUCCUACUGAAACUCUAGAAAUGUGAGAACUUCAAGAGGUGACUUCAGAAACCUUUGCCAUAUCAGCAUGGCUUGGUUUGUGCAACGUGUUGGGUUUGAUUGCAGCCAAGCUGAGUUAUUUUUCUAUAGCUGAGACAAAGAAUCCCCUCCAGGGAAAGGAAACCUGCCUCAUGCAUUGUGCAGGCUCAUUCUGCUGAUUCCAGCCAGUUUCUGAUGAGUCAUCCUUUGAAGUAAGAGCCAGCUCAGGCAGCCUCAGCCUGCCUUACUCCAUGGCCUUUGUGUCCUGGGUGGUUUGGUGUUUUAACAAAUCAAAAAUUCAAAUACUGUGAGUCAUGGUACAUAUUAAAUUAUUAUUAAUAUGUGAUUUUUAGGGGUUAGGAUAUAUCCUGCAUCAGAAUAUUUAUUUAAUGGCCUAAUUGAUUUCAGAAAGGAGAACUACCCAAACUGGCGUGCAUGCGUGGCAGCUGCGGAGGGCAAGAGGGGCUGCUUUGAUCUCUGCCAGCCUUAGAGCUGACUGGAGUAGAGGGAAAGCUGCUUUCUAAGUGAGAGGAGAGCAAUGAUCUGGUGGGAGGAGGAACAGUUCCUUCUUAACCUCUGAACUGCUGCUGAUUGUAGCACUGCAGAGCUGCUGAGUUACCAUCAAGGGCCGGUACCUGGCACAACAAAAACAUGAGAUGAGAGACUUCCCAAGUCUCUUCCUUACUCAAAAAAAGUAUUUUUUACCAUGACUUGUAUUGUUCUGCUCUAGAUUACUCUUGAAAUAAAAUAAACAACAUUG